AUGGCGACCCUGACCAAGCAAAGAAGAGAUAAACUCCAAAAAUUGAAAGAAAGAAAAAGAAGCAAACAACGAGUCGCACACUGGACCUGGUUUUGGGCCGGGCCUUACCAUGGGCUCGGCCCGAGGGAUCAUCCGGCAUCCACAACAAAACGAUCCCCCAAAUUACCGCAUCAGACGGCACACCCACUCCAGUUAUCCGAAUCCCCGGCACCAGCAGCGAGUUAUGACUGUGAAGAUAAGUUACUGGUUCGUAGAUUCAGACAGUUCACUGCUGCAUUUCACUGCCCAAUUUCAAUGCUCGCACUUGGGCACGAACCGGUCGGUACAACUGCAGAAAACCAUAACAAUCCUAAUCAGACCUUCACUGUGAUGGAUAAUUACAAGAAUGUUCCUCAGUUCCUUUAUGGCUUAAGCCCAUCUCAGAUGGAAAUGUUUACAACUGACGACAACCCUUAUAAUCGGCAGUCAAAGAAAGUUACAGAGGUUGGCACACAUGAGGGCCCUGCGAGUUACAGCAUGGGUAUGGGCAUGCCCAGCAUGAGCAUGGGAAGAGCAGGGAAAGGAUAUAGAAGAAUGAGAAGCUCAGCCCCAGAUCUGCCAUCAUUGCUGUUGGACUCCCGAAUUAUAUUUCUUGGAAUGCCAAUUGUUCCAGCUGUAACUGAGCUUAUUGCUGCUCAGUUUCUGUGGCUAGACUAUGAUGACCGCACAAAGCCAAUUUACUUGUAUAUAAACUCAACAGGAACCAUGGAUGAAAAUAACGAGCUGGUCGCAUCUGAAACUGAUGCCUAUGCAAUUGCUGAUUUCAUUAAUCGAAGCAAAGCUAAGGUUUACACCAUCAAUCUUAGCAUGGCAUAUGGUCAGGCUGCAAUGCUUCUUUCCCUGGGGAUGAAGGCUAAACUGCACCUGCCCAAGGUCCACAAAUCCGGUGGAGCUGCCAUUGAUAUGUGGAUUAAGGCAAAAGAGCUGGAAACCAACACGGACUACUACCUGGAGCUCGUGUCCAAGGGAGUCGGUAAACCGAAGGAAGAGCUCGCGGAGUUCCUGAGAGGCCCGAGGUACUUCCGCGCGCAGGAGGCCAUUGACUACGGGCUCGCGGACACGAUCCUGCACUCGCUGGACGGCUCUUUCAAGCCGAAGGACCUGACGGCGCAGCUGGCCAAGGCGCAGGAGAUGCGGCAGUCUGGGAAGCGCGCACCAGCUGGAGCUGGGCGAUGGUCGACUCCGACCGCUCCCAGAUGUGAUAGUGAACCCCGAAUUUCGGAAAAUCUUUUGAAGUUCGAUAUUAUCAGUCUCAUUAUGCUCAUGGAGUCGCCGAUACGUUCAAACUUUGUGAAUGCAAAAAAUCCAGAUACUUUUCUUGAGAAAUCUGGGUCAAUAAGCUAG